AUGGUUUCUGCUGAAAAGACAUCUAUAAAGAAAAGAAAAGAUAAAAAACGAGAGCUGUGCAGUCCCUGGGAGGGCCCCACUGCCAACGAUGGACUCGACGAUGAGAGGAUGCUAGAUGUAUUCCAGAGAGCUAAACAGCAAGUUCAGCUAAAAUGCAGGUUUGUGGAUGAGAGGAACAUCGUGGUGUCACCUCACCUGCUAGGCAAGUGUUUCUGGACCUCUGAGCCACAUGGGAACGAUGAGGAAGAAAAAUCCUGCUCGGCACAGUUUCACAAACCUCAAGAUAAAAGUCCCUCACCUGUAGAAGAACCUGAACCUCCUGUAGCCGCCCCGGCUGAGCCCAGCCCUUUAAACCAAACAAACACCAAAAUAACCACAGAUUACUCGACCCACAAGCACAAUAUCAUUUACAGCCUCAGUCCAGCGCAGACAAGCCCUCAGGAGCUGAAACCAAACCUGCCGUUGAUACGCUGGGCCCCUCCUGCAGCUCGUGUCGUCGUGAUGGAGGAGCCGGUGGCCAGGAGAUCCAAACCGUUUACCACGAGUAGAAUGGUGCCAUGA